AUGACAACCCCCGCGUCCGUUGUACCUACGGAUCUGGACAGUCUGAGCGAUUACAGUCUGCAGUUGAACAAAUGGCUGCUGAUAACGAUAGGCGCCUGGCCCUCCACGCCGUCCACGACAAAAAUCGAGAAGAUCGUUUCGUUCAUCUUGAUAGUCAUUUGUUAUUGCACGAUUCUGACCACCGUACUUCCUAGCAUAUUGUACGUGAUCCUCGCUGAUGAAGAUCUUCAGCAGAAGCUGAUGGUCAUGGGUCCCCUGAGCCACUGGUUCAUAGGAGGAAUCAAUUACACAACGCUGCUUUUGCGCGGGAAAGAAAUUCAGUGCUGCAUAAAACGCGUGCAAACCGAUUGGCGGACAGUCACUAGAUUGAACGAUCAGAAAAUUAUGAUGAGGAACGCGGAGAUCGGUCGGUACGUGGUUGUAUGCUGCACUGCGUUCAUGCAGGGUGGCGUCCUGUGCUACUGCGUGAUUACGGGGUUCACCACGGAGGUUGUUCAAGUCGGAAACGAGACCAGAACCGUACGUCUGCUGCCCUGUGCCGCUUACAAGAAACUGAUACCUGUAGAUACGAGUCCCACGAAUGAGAUUAUUUUAUUCGUGCAAUUUCUGGCGGGUUUUGUUGUCAACUCUACCACUGUUGGGGCUUUUAGCUUAGCUAUAGUGUUCGCGGCACAUGCUUAUGGUCAGUUAGAUGUGCUGAGCACGUGGAUCACGGAGUUUGUGAAUCAGUCGAGGGAACACGAUAAGAAUGCGUUUUUGAAUAGCAUUGGACCUGCCGUGGAGAAACAUCUGAACGUUCUGACUUUUAUAUCGCAUAUUGAGGAUAUGCUGACGGAGAUGUGCUUCUUGGAGUUAUUUCAGUGCACUUUUGGUAUAUGCCUACUUGGGUACUAUGUUCUUCUGUACUGGGCCCUUCACGAUCUCCAAAACAUGGUAACAUGUUCCAUCAUACUAUUUUCCAUGUCUUGCAACAUAUUUGUAGUGUGCUUUAUCGGUGAGAAAUUAUCAGAACAAUGCACGAAAGUUGGCGAAGCAGUGUAUAUGACCGAAUGGUAUCAUUUACCUGGCAAAGACAUCCUCGACCUGGUACUGAUCAUUUCACGAUCCAGCGUGGUGACUAAAAUCACUGCUGGAAAAAUUGUCCAUAUGUCCCUUUAUACGUUCACUACUGUGAUGAAAACUGCGUUCGCGUAUAUUAAUGUGUUGCGACAAACGACGUGA